CAGCGCUGAAAAAUGGCUGAAGCGGGCACGGGCUUUCUGGAGCAGCUCAAGUCCUGCAUAGUUUGGUCUUGGACUUAUCUCUGGACCGUGUGGUUCUUCAUCGUGCUCUUCCUGGUCUACAUCCUGCGGGUGCCCUUGAAAAUCAACGACAACUUGAGCACAGUGAGCAUGUUUUUGAACACAUUAACACCGAAGUUCUACGUGGCCCUGACAGGCACUUCCUCACUAAUAUCAGGGCUCAUUUUGAUAUUUGAAUGGUGGUAUUUUCGCAAGUAUGGAACGUCAUUCAUUGAACAAGUCUCAGUAAGCCACUUGCGCCCCCUCCUGGGAGGGGUUGACAACAACUCCUCCAACAAUUCUAACUCCAGCAAUGGGGACUCAGAUUCCAACAGGCAAAGUGUCUCAGAAUGUAAAGUAUGGCGAAAUCCACUAAAUUUAUUUAGGGGUGCUGAAUAUAAUCGGUAUACUUGGGUGACAGGACGAGAGCCUUUGACUUACUAUGACAUGAAUCUCUCUGCCCAAGACCACCAGACAUUCUUUACUUGUGACUCAGACCACCUGCGUCCUGCAGAUGCAAUAAUGCAGAAAGCCUGGAGAGAGAGAAACCCCCAAGCUAGAAUUUCUGCAGCUCAUGAAGCCUUAGAGAUAAACGAAAUUAGGUCCAGAGUUGAAGUUCCCCUAAUUGCUUCCUCUACCAUCUGGGAGAUAAAAUUGUUACCAAAGUGUGCGACUGCUUACAUUCUCUUGGCUGAAGAGGAAGCAACCACCAUUGCGGAAGCAGAAAAGCUGUUCAAGCAGGCCCUGAAGGCUGGAGAUGGCUGUUACCGGCGUUCUCAGCAGCUACAGCAUCACGGAUCCCAGUACGAAGCCCAACACAGACGAGAUACCAAUGUCUUGGUCUACAUCAAAAGAAGGCUAGCAAUGUGUGCCAGAAGACUCGGGAGGACCAGGGAAGCAGUGAAAAUGAUGAGAGAUUUAAUGAAGGAGUUCCCCUUACUGAGCAUGUUCAACAUCCAUGAAAACCUUUUAGAAGCUCUUCUAGAACUACAAGCAUAUGCUGAUGUUCAGGCAGUCUUAGCAAAGUAUGAUGAUAUAAGCUUACCAAAGUCGGCCACAAUAUGCUAUACAGCUGCCUUGCUCAAAGCAAGAGCUGUCUCUGACAAAUUCUCUCCCGAGGCUGCAUCUCGGCGGGGGCUGAGCACAGCAGAGAUGAAUGCAGUAGAGGCCAUUCAUAGAGCUGUGGAAUUCAAUCCUCACGUGCCAAAAUACCUACUAGAAAUGAAAAGCUUAAUCCUCCCCCCAGAACAUAUCCUGAAGCGAGGGGACAGUGAAGCAAUAGCAUAUGCGUUCUUUCAUCUGGCACACUGGAAGAGGGUGGAAGGGGCUUUGAAUCUUUUGCAUUGUACGUGGGAAGGCACUUUUCGGAUGAUCCCUUAUCCCUUGGAAAAGGGGCAUCUAUUUUAUCCGUACCCAAUCUGUACAGAAACAGCAGACCGAGAGCUGCUUCCGUCUUUCCAUGAAGUCUCAGUUUACCCGAAGAAGGAGCUUCCCUUCUUCAUUCUCUUCACUGCCGGACUGUGUUCCUUCACAGCCAUGCUGGCCCUCCUGACACAUCAGUUCCCGGAGCUUAUGGGGGUCUUCGCAAAAGCUAUGAUUGACAUUUUCUGCUCGGCAGAGCUCAGGGACUGGAAUUGCCAGAGUAUUUUCAUGCGUGUUGAAGAUGAACUGGAAAUCCCACCGGCACCUCAAUCUCAACAUUUCCAAAACUGAACUCAUCACCCUCCUUCCCCCACCACCAAAAGCACCCCUCCUGUAUUCCUGACCUCCGCCAUGGCACUGCCAUCCAAACGGUUACUCAAGCCAGAAACGGAGCAGCCCUCCCGAGCUCCUCUUCCUCACUCCCCACAUCCCACCUGUCUCGGCCUCCACAGCGUGUCGGGUCUAACCACCUAAGCCACCGGGCAUUCAGUAAAUGUAAUUCACCUCUUCUUCCCCUCUUUCUCUCCCCAUGGCCCCUCUCUCUUAGUUUAGGUCUUGUUUUUCUUGCUUGUACUCCUCUGCAAGAGUCUUAACUGGUCUCCUGGCUUCCAGGUUCAUCCCUUGCCAGUCCUUUUCUCACACUGACAUAAGAACGAUCCUCCCAAAUUGCAAGUCUGAGCAUGGCACUUCCCUGCUUGAAUUUCUCCAGAGGUUUCCCACCGAUUUCAGGAUAAAGCCUCAGCUCUUUAGCAUGGUAUGCAAGGUCCUUUAUGAUCUAGCCUUGCUUGCCUCUUCAGCCUCAUCUCUCCCAACUCUUGCACAGACUCUUUUAGUCCGUAGUGAAUUACUCACCACUCCCAGCUGCACAGGCUCUUGUACAGCCCAGUGCCUUUGCACAUGCUAUUUGCUCUGCAUGGAAUGCCCUUCCCCAUCACCACCCCAGCUUGUCCACUCUACUAACUUCUCUUAAUUCUUUUAUACUCAGCUUUCUUUCUGAGCUUCUCCUAAGCUGAAUUAGAGGUCUCUCCUCUUUGAUCCCACAGUAUUCCAUGAAUACCUAUAUUAUCACAUUUAUUGUACUAAAAUUGUUGAAAACUUGUCUGUCCCCCUUUUAGAAUGUGAGCUCCUUGAGAGCAGGGCUGUGUCUUCCUCAUCUCUGUACCCCCAAAGCUUUGCACAGUACCUU